ACUGACCCUCAUAUUCUAGGAAGUACCAAAAAAACUUGUUGAUAAACGGUGUCAUCGUAAGGUGUAAAGUUCUAUAGCUGACGUUUGAUUUGACGUCUCAUCGUGUGUUACUACGAGUCGGGGGACUCGAGUGGUGCAGUAAUAAUUAAAAUAUUGUGACAUUUCAAUAUUAAUGAGCUUCGAUGGGUGAUCAAUCGUCGGAGCAAUCGAGUCUCGAAAAGUUCAGAAAAUAUCUGUGAAUUAUUGUUGAUUCAAUUUAAUUGUUGCUUUUAGGAAUUAAGCAAGUGUCGACAUUUCCUGUCAAUUGAAUAUCGAUUGUCAUUCUUAAUUAAUCAUUAGAGUGCAUCAGUUUGAAACUUUGCAACUAUGGUGAUUCAACGAAUUUUACGUCUGGUGGGGCUUUGCCGAAUUCCGCAGAGAACGUUGACACUGCAAGUUAUGAGUGCGGCGUCAAAGUUUCACAAACGUUGGACGCAAAGGAGUUUACUGUCAGUUCCGACGAUAUCACUCGCGUUCUUUGGUUCAGCGAAAAAGGACGACAGCAAGGAAUCUGUUACGACAAAAAAAGUUCUUCUCGCCAAGGCUGACGCUCUUUUCGAAAGCGGAGAAUAUCAGAAGAUUUAUGAUUUACUCAUCAAGUACCGAGACAAUAAAGAUGUCGAGAUUCUAUGGAGACUGAGUCGAGCCCUCUUCAACCAUUCGAAAAGUGCUAGCGAUGUUGAAGCCAAGAGAAUGGUCUUCGAGGGCUACGAGAUCAUCGCGGAAGCUCUGCAAAUUGAUGAUAAUCAUUGGGCUGUCCACAAGUGGAUGGCAGUUCUCUCAGACACCAAGAGCGAGUACGAAGGAAUCAAAGCCAGGAUUAAGAAUUUAGUAACAUGCAAAGAACAUAUGUUGAAAGCUGCUGAGUUGAAUCCAAAGGACGCUACAAUCCUCCACAUGCUGGGAAACUGGUGUUUCGGUGUAGCAGACAUGCCUUGGUACCAGAGAAAAAUAGCAUCAGCUAUAUUCUCAACAGUCCCCUCCUCCUCGUACGAAGAAGCACUGCAAUACUUCGAGACUGCCGAGAGAAUCGAUCCCUUGUUCUACAGCCACAAUCUCUUAUUCCUAGGAAAAACAUAUUUGAAAUUGCAGAAGAAGGAUGAAGCCUUGAAAUACUUGAAAAUGACUGCGGAGUUUCCAGCUAAGAAUGAUGAGGACCACAAGGCAAAGUUAGAGGCUACGAAGAUACUGGGGACGAUCUGAUUUAUGGACCAUAUCCAAUACGUGUCCUAAGGUGGCAAUUAUGAGAACUCUGAUUUUCUAAAGAUUUUUAUGUUCAUAAUAGUCUAAUUAAUUGCAAUAACAGCACAAUUACCUGUUUUAAGGCUGAAUAAUUCGUGAAGAUAAAAUUUGAUAUAUUUAUGGAAAUUUAAGAACUGAAUUUCUCUUUGAAGGAAUUGAAAUAAUAAAAGGCUCCGAAAAUUGUUCGCUUGGAAAUGUUUUUUACAAUUCUUUUUUAUUAAUGGCGAAAGGAAAUCCACUUGUUCUGUGAAAACAAGUAAUAAUUUAUCGAAUUGAAUAAAUAAAAAUGAAUACAGAAUUGCCAGCUGGGAAUAAUAAGGACCACAAGGUAAAGUUAGAGGCUACGAAGAUACUGGGGACGAUUUGAUUUAUGGACCAUAUCCAAUACGUCUCCUAAGAUGGCAAUUAUGAGAACUCUGAUUUUCUGAAGAUUUUUAUGUUCAUAAUAGUCUAAUUAAUUGCAAUAACAGCACAAUUACCUGUUCUAAGGCUGAAUAAUUCGUGAAGAUAAAAUUUGAUAUAUUUAUGGAAAUUUAAGAACUGAAUUUCUCUUUGAAGGAAUUGAAAUAAUAAACGGCUCCGAAAAUUGUUCGCUUGGAAA